AUGGCACCAAUAUUGUAUUAUGUCAUCGGUCAUACUUUAAUCAAAUACAUGCAUAUUCAAAGUACUUCAAACAUAGCUAAAAAUGUUUUGUUGUCAUCGAAUACUCCACAAGUAAGAUCUCAGAAUUCGAAUAUUUCUUCGUCAGCUCCUUGCGAUUUAUUUGAAAAUAGAUUAAAGUUUGAACAUUCCAUUGAUUAUAAUAUAGCUUCUCUACAAGUGGACGCUCAUAAAAAACGUCUUAAAAAAUUAAGAAAAGAAUUAACCUACUUGCAAGACACUGCUUGGAAAUAUCAAAACAUUGAAAAAAUUCUGGGACAGAAUUAA